AUGAGUAUAGAACAAUCUCAACUGCAGGAUCAUCCACAGCGCAGCUCCGAUCUGGCCAAUCACCGGUCUAGCCAUGAGGCGGCCUUAAAAUGCGAGGAAGCGGUGCAGCUGGCUCAAGAAGUUGAACAUCUGCAUCUGCAACAGCUGACAAUUAAAGAAGAAGAAGAGUUGAGACAACAGCAUAUCGAACAACGAAACACAAAUCUACGCAAGAUAACCGAACCGCCCGUGCUACGCAUUAUCCCGCCCUUGAACUUUUGCCCCGUUGAAAAACAGCUAUAUCGAUCAGGACAGCCGUCCACGAUAAACCAGCUGUUUUUGAACCAGUUGAACCUCAAGACUAUCAUCUGGCUCGCUUCGGAGGAACCGAGCGACGAGUUCUUGGACUAUUGUGCAUCGCAAGCGAUUCAAGUCGACUUUGUCGCGGGGAUGAAUGAUUUUGAAUUUGACAAGAUCCACAAUCGCCACGUCUCGAUCAACCCUUGGGACUCCUUGAACGAGAGCACCAUCACCAAGGCCUUGGAGCUAAUUGUCGACAAGCGCAACUAUCCCAUGCUUGUAUGUUGCGGAAUGGGGAGACAUCGCACUGGUACUGUGGUUGGAUGUUUGCGGCGUUUCCAAGGGUGGAACUUAGCGAGUGUCAGUGAGGAGUACCGCCGAUUUGUCGGGGCGCGAAGAGGCCGGAUUUUGGUGGAGUUGUUGAUUGAAGGGUUUGAUAUCAGUACUGUGCGGGUCGAUCCGCAAUAUGCUCCGGAUUGGCUCAAGGUUAAACCUGCUUGA